AUUUUUGAUAUUUUCGGAAAUUAACAUCUGCGACUGUUGGACCAGAAAAAGGGACGAUUUGCCCAACCAAAAGCUUUUUGUUUUUAGAGAGAGAAAAUACAACACCACUCUUCUUCUUCCUCCCAAAGAAAACCCUAAUUUCUCUCUCUUUCUCUCUCUAAGAUCGGCCAUGGCAAAAGACCGUGAGAGCUUCGUCUACGUUGCAAAGCUCGCUGAGCAGGCUGAACGUUACGAUGAGAUGGUGGAUGCAAUGAAGAAGGUUGCAAAGCUCGAUCUUGAAUUGACAGUUGAAGAACGUAACUUGCUUUCUGUUGGAUACAAGAAUGUUGUUGGUUCUAGAAGAGCAUCAUGGAGGAUCCUAUCAUCAAUAGAGCAAAAAGAAGAAGCAAAAGGAAAUGAGGUACACGCAAAGCGGAUAAAGGAGUAUCGGCAGAAGGUUGAAUCAGAGCUGUCGAGCAUUUGUAGUGAUAUCAUGAAUGUGAUUGAUGAGCAUCUCAUUCCAUCAGCUACGGCCGGUGAAUCAACGGUCUUCUAUUACAAGAUGAAAGGUGAUUAUUAUCGUUAUCUUGCAGAGUUCAAGUUUGGCGACGAAAAAAAAGAGGCUGCUGAGCAAUCCAGGAAAGCAUAUGAGACUGCUACAACUACUGCAGAGGCUGAAUUGCCUCCUACUCAUCCCAUUCGGUUGGGUUUGGCUUUGAACUUCUCAGUCUUCUACUAUGAGAUCCUGAAUUCACCUGAGCGGGCCUGUCAUCUUGCAAAACAAGCUUUUGAUGAAGCAAUCUCAGAACUUGACACACUGAACGAGGAAUCCUACAAAGAUAGUACAUUAAUUAUGCAGCUUCUUAGGGACAACCUCACCUUGUGGACUUCUGACAUCCCAGAGGAUGCGGAAGAUGUCCAAAAGAUUAAUGGCACAUCGAAGGCUGCUGGGGAGGAUGCUGAGUGAUAGCAUCUGUUGACUGGCUUGCUAUAUCUAUGAUGGACAGAAGAGUACUGCUUCUCACCCUUGGUGUUUAGCUAUUCUAGAUCAUUGUUUUCUGAUUUUUCGUUUUCUUCUUGGGGUCCUAUAUUAUGUGUGGUUUAUAAAUAGCUUCAUAUGUACACUUGGUUGGUUUGAUCUGCAUUCCCCCUCGCUUUUCCUUGUUCCUGUUGGAUGGAGUGUAGAAGAUUGACCCAAUUGCUCAGGGUGAUUUUCUUGUUUUUAUGAAAAUGCCGUAGACUAGACGAAGGCUUAUAUUAUUUGGCUCACCACUAGAAUCAGUAUGAUGCAUGUUUACAUUUCUUUUUAGAUCGAAUCGUGCUCGCUUCUCUCUCCUUUUCAUUUGAACAAAGUUAAAUCUUGCUUCCCAAGAAUGUUUGUACUGAAUACCUAUCAUAUUAUGAAUGGCGAGAGCCAAGACUUAUGAUA